AUGGAGAACGAAGAGCUUUUCGCGGGCGAGCCCGCUUUGGAUGCACAGCAGCAAGCUGCGGAUACUUAUCGAUCUGUAGCUGCAUCUCGACAGACCCCCUUGCAAAUACACACGGAACCUCUACUGGUACGAGACGAUGAAUGGCAGCAGCAGCAGCAGCAGCACGAGGAACGAGUUGCCAGCGUAGACGAGCGACCGAGAUGGAGACGACCCCACAUCUGGUGGCUGUUGCCUUUCGCGCUUCUGUUCACAUUGGGGUUCGGUGGUGUCGCCGUCCCCAGAAUUAAUCUCAUCAUGUCUCUCGUCUGUCGCGACUAUUUCGCCGAGAAGAUGUCGCAGGAUCCCAACUUCACCUACCUCCCUGUUAUCUUUGGCGAAGAUAACUCUCAGUGUCGAUUACCCGAGAUUCAGUCUUUAGUCGCCAAUUUUCAACUCUAUCUCAAUCUUGUUACCGGUAUCAUCUCGGCUCUGGUCAGCCCCCGCCUGGGCCAUUUAUCCGAUCGCUAUGGAAGGACCACCAUGAUUGCGCUUUGCGCCACGGGUGCCGUUUUCAACGAAGCCAUUACCACCAUUAUUGCCUCCUGGCCGGAAAAUAUGUCGGUUAAUAUACUCUUGGUUGGAGCAGUGAUGGAUGGUCUGGGAGGAUCUUUCACUACUGCCCAGGCUUUGAUCCACUCCUAUGCCUCAGACUGCACGCCGCCCGAUCGAAGGAGUGUGGCUUUUGGUAUGUUCCACGGCGCUCUGUUCUUUGGGAUUGCCGUCGGACCAACCGGCGCUGCAUACUUGAUCACCAAGACGGGGACCUCCCUGAUUGUCUUCUACAUUGGCCUGGCAUUCCACACGUUCUUUUGCUUUUCGGUCUAUUUCAUCGUGCCCGAGUCCCUCUCUAAAGAGCGACAGUUAGAAGCUCGCGAGCGUCAUCGUGCAAAGGAAGCCGAUCUCACCGAUAGUCGGUGGUAUUCAUUGAAGGCUCUCAACCCCUUGAAUCUCAUCACGCCUCUUAAGAUUCUUAUGCCCGCUGUCGGAAGACCGAGUGUUUUGUUCCCGAAUCGUCGUGGCGCCAGCCCGGCCUUACGCAGGAAUAUUGUAUUGCUGGCUGCGAUGGAUACGGCCGUCUUUGGUGUUGCCAUGGGCACUGUCCAGAUAAUUAUUAUCUACGCGGAGUACAUGUUCAACUGGGGAAAUGUGGAGUCGAGUCUUUUUGUUUCUAUCAUUAAUGUGGUCCGUGUGGUGAAUCUGUUCGUGGUUCUCCCUAUUGUCGCCCGAAUCUUCCGUACCCGAUCUGAAGAUGACGGUAUUAUACGCGGAUCGGACAUGCUGGACAUUGUUCUGAUUCGUCUGUCGGUCGUGUUCGACAUUCUCGGGUACGUUGGCUACGCGCUGUCGAAACACCCAUCCGUCAUGAUUCUCUCCGGUGCUAUUGCGGCACUUGGUGGGAUGGGCUCGCCUACUUUGCAAUCGUCUCUUACCAAGCAUGUCCCUCACGAGCGUGUAGGACAGAUGCUCGGUGCAACGGGCCUUCUACAUGCCCUCGCCAGAGUGGUCGCACCCACCAUUUUCAAUCUAAUCUAUAGUAUGACUGUUGCGACUUAUCCACAGACCGUCUUUGUGGCUCUUGCGGCUGUGUUUGGCAUUGUGUUCAUUUUGGGCUUAUUUGUUCAGCCACAUGUCACUCUUGACGAUAAGCCGAUAUCGGAAGCCACUGUUGAGGCUAAUGAAGAUGGAGAGAGCGAAGAAGAUCGGCUACUCAUCUAA